AUGAAAAUAAAGUACCUAUUAUUGCUUGCUAUUUGCUUACUCAGUUUUUGCGUCUCACAAGAAACAAACUUAAAAUAAAAAAUACCUGAAGAAACAAAUAAAGAUAAAGAAGAAGAUCCAACUACUGAAGAAAAUAAUGAAAAUCAUGAGGUAGAGGAAGGAUAAGAAGAAGUAGAAGAUGAUGAUGAUGAUUAUGAUGAAGAAGAAGAAGAAGAAAAAAGAAGAAAUGAUGAAAUAAAUGAAAUGAUGGCCGUUCACGAGAGAGAAAGAAAGAAUGAUGGAAAAUGUUUUCUUGAUGUUUUUUCAUCAAUAGUAUAAAAUGAUCGUGGAUGCAUUAGUCCUUACGUUGAUUAAAUGUAUUGUACUAUUAGUGAAUGUGGGAUAAAAAACAAAAUACCAUCAGCUGAUUAAUAUAAUGAAUGUAUUAAUAAUACUUGCUAAGCAUACUUUGAAUGUGUUAAUGAUGCAAAUAAAAAGAUUUACGAAUGUUUAUCGAAGAAAAAUUAACAAAAAAUAAACAACAAUAAGGAAGAUAAUAAUAAUAAUAAUAAUAAUAAUGAUAACAAAAGCUAAAAAGCUGAGGAAGAAGAAAAUCUUAAUGGUGAAGAAGGAGAUAACGAAGAAGAAAUAAACAAUUCAGAUAUAGAAAAAACAGAAGAUUAAAAAUCAAAUGCAUCAAUAAUUUCAUUUGCCUUUUUAGGAUUAUUCAUAAUAUUAUUUUGA